ACAUCAAAAUGAAGGCUGAAGACAAAACUGCCAUACCCAGAGUACGGAUUGCGGUUAUUGGCCAUGCUGAUGUUGGUAAAUCAGCUCUCACAGUACGCUAUUUGACGGGUCGGUUUAUAGGCGAAUAUCGUUCAAAUACCGAUUUGUUAUACAAUAAGACCAUAACAUUGGAAACGGGUCUGACGGAAGUGGAAAUUGUUGAUGUAUAUGCCGGAAGUGUUGAUGGUGAUGAACAAAAUGAAUUUCCCAUGGAACAGGUUCUUUGGGCCGAUGCCUGCAUGAUCGUUUACAAUAUCACACAACGUAGCAGUUUUGAAUAUGCGGCCAAAUGUCUGGCCGAAUUCAAAGCACUACAGAAUGCACCCACAGCAUAUUUGGUGGGGAACAAAGCCGAUUUGGAUCAUUUAAGAGAGGUAAGCUAA